AUGGGUAGAGCUCCUAAAGAUUCAGCAAAACCGAAAGGCAAGAUGUCGGCCUAUGCCUUCUUCAUGCAGGCAACACGGGAAGAGAGAAAAAAGAAAAAUCCCGAAGAGUCACUGUCUCUCUCAGAAUUUUCAAAACAGGCUUCCGAAAAAUGGAAGAAUAUGUCAGACAAAGACAAAAAGAAGUACGAAGAGUUGGCUGCCAAGGAUUCAAUGCGGUACAAAGAGGAGAUGGCUGAUUACGUACCGACCAAUGGUGAAAAGAAAAGGAAGAGGGGAAGUAAAGACCCCAAUGCACCAAAGAGGGCACUAUCUGCCUUUUUCUGUUUUUCGAACGAGGAGCGUGCAAAAGUUAAGGCGGAAUUCCCAUCGUUGUCCAUAGGAGAAGUUGCCAAGGAAUUAGGCAAGAGAUGGGAGGUGUGCAAGAAUAAAGAUAAGUACGAAGCCAUGGCGGCAAAGGAUAAAGAGAGAUACGAAAAGGAAAAGGCUUCGUACAAUGGUGGAUCGGGCGCAUCUGCCUCAGCUGCCGCUGCUGCUCCGGCUAAAAAGCAAGCAGUCUCAAAGAAAGCCUCAAAGGCUAAGGCCAAGCCCCCUGCAAAAAAGCGCAGAGCUCAGAAAGAUGAUGACGACGACGAGGAAGAAGAUGAUGAGAACCAUGAAGAUGAGGAAGAUGACGAGGAAGAAGAGGACAGUGAUUAA